AUGGCUGACUACGAAGGUUACUUGCUCCUACACGACGUUAAUCGACAGGCAGAUCCGCUAUACUUUGAGCUCGAAAGCGGCUUGCUGCAGUUUUACGACAAGAAAGAUGGACGCUGGAUAGGUCAAUUCUCCCUCACGAGACAUCGUCUAUCCAUACAGCGUAUUGAUGACAGACUAACGCCGAAUUGCUUUAGUGUCGAGCUCUGCCCCGUGCGCUCCGUGCAUGACACGGAACGAUCGAUUAAGCACUUACGACGCACUAGGAUCUUAUUAGGUGCGUCGACACCAGAAGUUCGACAGCAGUGGAUUCAAGCCUUAAUCACAUGGCGUCGUCGCAAUUGGCAGGAUACCAUCGUUAUUUCCGCCUCUGAUGACGAAGCCAAGGCGCUGCGCAUGUUAAUGAUCAUGCACCACCUUGAGCUUAAACUACUACGCAGUACUGACCUUACGCUACGUAAGGUGAGCAUGGCUCCUCAGACUAGCGACCCAAUUAACGAUACCUUAAAGCAUCAGACACAGUCCGUUACAAUGGGUCCAGGUGGAAUGGAUGUGACACGACCGAUUAGAACAUUUGGCUACCAAAGUGUGUAUAUGAACCAAUUUGCACUAUGA